UGGCCGGCACGCGGCCGUUGCCGCCCUGGGUCGCCGCCGGCUGAGGCGGGCGAUGGCGCCGUGGUCCGAGCCCCCUGCCGUCGGGCACGGCCGCUCGCAGGGACUGCAGGCGCCUGGGGAACCGACCUGCAGCUGGGCCGCCCUGGCCCGUCAGCCCUUCUGGCCCUACCGGGCCUCCAGCUCGGCCUGGCUUCUCAGCGCCAGCCGGGUUCCGCCGCCUCUGACCGAGAGCCCAACACCCAGUGUCCACCCACGUCUUGCCUCGGGUCUCGCUCGUGCCUUGCCUUUCCCCAGACGGUGAAGACCCGUGGAGCCAGGAGGGCCAGCAGGUGGGCGCCCUGCAGCAGGUCCCUGCUCACUGGGACAGGGAGGCCGAGGACCAGGCAGGCACAGAGCCCAUCACCUCCAUCCCAGUGCUCAGCAGUGCGACCUGAUGGCCCGAGCCAGGACCCAGGAGUUGGCGGGAGCACCAGGGCAGCAGGAGUCCUCAGCAGAGCCUGCCCACACCUGCAGCUCCAGUGCCUGGCGUCUCCUGAGAGCCUCCCUGGCCUGCACAGGAUCUGGAAACCACAGUGAGGAGGAGGUCCUCGAUGGAGACCAUCAACCAAGUAGAGCUAGCCAGCAUCUGCAAAACAGGACCCAGGUGGCUGGGAAAAUCAUUGCCUGAGAUGACUGGGACUCCUCCAGCUUCCAGCAAGAGGGGAUAUCAUGAAGGGCAUGCAUCUCCCAGACAUCAGAAUGCUGUUACAGGGCGCUAGUCCCCGGAGUUCGGAAAUGUUCCCGGAACUUAAUAACCUUCUCAACACCACGCCUGACAAGGCGGAGCAGGGGAAACUGACUCUGCUGUGCGAUGCCAGGACAGAUGGCAGUUUCCUUGUGCAUCACUUUCUCUCCUUCUACCUCAAAGCGAAUUGUAAAGUCUGCUUUGUGGCACUCCUUCAGUCCUUCAGUCACUACAACAUCGUGGCACAGAAGCUGGGUGUCAGCCUGGCCGCAGCACGGGAACGUGGGCAGCUUGUGUUCCUGGAGGGUCUCAAGUCCUCGGUGGAUGUCUUCUUUCAGGCUCAGGAGGAUCCACACCCCCUGCAGUUUCUCAGGGAGGCCAGUGCUGGGAACCUGCAACCGUUGUACGAGUUUGUGCGGGAGGCCCUGACACCCGCAGACAAUGGGGCGGCUGCAUGGAGGUGCCCAGUGCUGCUGGUGGACGACCUCAGUGUGCUGCUGAGCCUGGGCAUGGGAGCGGUGGCUGUGCUGGACUUUGUCCACUACUGCAGAGCCACCGUGUGCUGCGAACUGAAGGGAAACAUGGUGGCCCUUGUGCAUGACAGUGGAGACGCGGAAGAUGAGGAAAACAACACCCUGCUGAUUGGUCUCAGUCAUCAGAGCCACCUUAUCCUGCGGACCGAGGGCCUGGCCACUGGCUUCUGCAAGGAUGUGCACGGGCAGCUGAGGAUCCUGUGGAGGAGGCCCUCACAGUCCACAGCCCGGCGGGAUCGGAGCCUCACUUUCCAGUACAAGAUACAGGACAAGAAUGUGUCCUUUUUCGCAAGAGGAAUGUCUCCUGCCAUCCUGUGACCUGACUUAGGAGCAGCUGAAGCUACCUCGGACUGUUCGGACAUGGAAGAUAAAGCAACCGAGCAGGAAGGGGUCUUUACGUCUUUGUUGGUGCUGUUUCAGGCUGGGCUGGCAGCUCCACUGGGACCCGGCUAGACUGUGCAGCCAUGGUGUGCCUUUGCUCUUCUGAGCCCUGUUCAGAAAACACCGUGAGGAAUCCACACCCCUGCCUGUGCUGGGAGAGACGGGAUGUUGAAUCCUAGUGGAAAGAGCCUUUGAAGCUUGCCUUGUAAAUACAGUCUGGCUCCAACUGCCCGUUCUUUGUGAUUGUGUCUUGUAGAGCCAGAGUGAGCAUGAAUGUGCCCACGAGAUGCUUCUGGAUGGCAGUGCCCAGGGUGACAGUUAGUGUAAUCGUGGCUGCAUUAAAGUGAGUUCCCAUAUUGGGGCCUCUGUUUCUCGCUCUCUA